AUAAGCCUGGAUGUGGUGAUUGGGGAAAGUGCAGUGUUACGCGCGGAGAUGGAAUGAUGAAUUAUUUUUUAUUAAUUUAUUAUUAUUAUUACUAUGAUUAUUAUUGGUAAAUCACAUAUAACUUGUUUUUAAACUGCCUUAAAACUUUUUUCGCAAAAGUAUUUAAGUACGUCUCCUAUCAUAAAAAGCACACACAAGCAACGCAAGUUCAAUCGUGAUCGACUUAUGUGUUUUUCAGAUAACGCAACAUCAAUUUUCACCACCAUAAAAGGAACACUCAAUACAACUACUUCACUGUUCACAAAUGCUGGCAACAGACCGUACUGUUUGAAUGGUACUUUAUUGUAAAAAUGUUGUACAAAAAUGGUGCGAAAACUCGAAACAACUAUUAUCAGUUGACUGAAAGGGAUCUCCGUCCGUAAUAAAACUAAAUUACGGAUUUCUAAUUUUGGCAUGAUGGUGGUUCACACUUGUUCUGACUGUCCCUAUAAGCCUGGAUGUAGUGACUGGGGAAAGUGCAGUGUUACGCGCGGAGAUGGAGUGAUGUAUAAACAGACCUUGAAUGGAAGUUGCAAAUCUAGUUUUCAAUGCAAUAAUCGACGGUGUUUAGAUAAAACAACAUCGGUUGUCACCACUACAAAAGAUAACGUCCCACUUGGAGACCCCAUGCUGACGGUCAAGGUCGCAAUUCCUGUUGUAGCAGCUGUUGUCCUUAUCGCUGUUGUUUUGGUCUUCUUUUUUCUUCGAAGAAAACGACGAAAUGAUGCAACGCAGUCGGCUAAGGCUUUGAAUUCACUUCAUAACGUGCCUGUGGAAGAGAAACACUUGUAUUCUGUGGACAACAUAGCGUUCAGUCAGGACUUUGACAUGGCAUUGGAGGAAAGGGAAUAUAAUUACGAUCAAUCCCAUUCUUCUGGAAAGGGUUUGAGCGAUUAUACGUACGCAAAACCAACUAAGAGUUAUCAAACUUCAGAAAAAAACGUUGGAAGUAUGAAAAACAUGGCUGCUUCGUUAGAUACUGAGUAUGAUUACGCUUGUGCCAAACAAAUGAUUCUCGUUGGUAAUGACCGGGCGGUCUAUAAUCGUCUGAGCCACGGUCAACUGUUGAACGACACAAAAGUGGGCGGCAGUACGUACGACACUAAUCAGUUCCCGAUCCUGCAAUUGAAGAGCGAUCCAUCUGAUUACGAUCACCUUGGACGUGGAGUGGCUAAGAUCACAGACAACCAUGGUGAUGAAGAGUCCUAUGAUCACCUUCCUAGCCCAGACCAGACCUUAUCGAGCGCUUACUCACAACCAUAUGAUACAACGUAUAACCAGCUUGGGUCGGUUUGAAGAAAUGCUGCCUCCAAACACAGAGAUUUGGACCAUUCACACGGUCACCUUUCGAAAUAAUAUUUUAAACAACAAUAUGACUGACUAUUUACCUUGUAUAACCUAUUGAUAAACUAUGCGCAUCAUCUGCAGCUGAAAUAUAUUAUUUGCAACACGUGACUGAAUCAUGUUGUGUGAUCCUGUGGAGACAUUAUGUUACCAUGCACUUCGGAUUAACAUGGAUGGAAACACACACUAAGUAGAAAACCUCUAAACCGGACAUGUUUUUUCCCGAAUAUAAAUAAUAUAUCGCGUUGAAACCGGAUACCCAGUAAUACCGAAUACCGGUCAUACUUUGGAUCGAAGUGGAUCCGGUUCAGAUUUGUUUUCAUUUAUAAAUAUACAUAUGAUAUAUCUUAAAAGCCGGAUACCUAUCAAUACCAAACACUGGUCAUACUUUGGAUCAAAAUGUGGUCAUGUCGAUAGUAAUUGUACCGUUCAGGACUUUGUUUAUUGCAAGUCUAAACCGAUGUCAAAAGCUUGUGAACUGCCGAUCAAUGGGGCUUGAAAUUAGCAAAGAUGCUUUAAAAUCAUACAAAAUCUAAACAUUACAAAUAAAUUUAAAGAGACUAUUUAUGAGUGUUAUGGAUACCGGUCAAUACAAUGUCAAAACUGAUCAUAUUUACUGAUAACCAACAUAAUGUUCUUAAAUGUUAUCGUUUAUAUGUAGACCAGCGUGUUGAAUAAUUCAUAAAAUUGUGCUUUAGUAUAAUAUUGUUUAUUUCAAGUGCUUAAUAAGGGCUGUACAAAAAGGAAAUGUUAAAGUUCUUAAAACAUUGAUAUUUAAAAUGUUCAUAUCAGCAAUAAAAUGAGUAAACUUAAAAUAGUUCGAACCGACCUCUAAGCGAAGGCUUGUAGAAUUUUCUUUAGAAGACAAAAGAAAACCGAUCCAAGAGUCAGAGACUGAGAAUGCUUGUUGUUGUGCCAUUAAAUGUAAAUCAAGAAUAAUGCUGACAUAGUGUGCGUUCUUAUGUAAUAAAUCUUCUGAAGGUCGGAAGUCUAUGUCUCUUCUAAAAGGGAAUCCCUUAAACUCGGAAUGCUCUCACAAUCCCGGGAACAUCCUGUUGAAAGCAUGUUUAUUUUGACAGUGUGGCCCUCAUAUAUUUCCUAAAGAUCACUGUUGAGCUUUCCUAGAAAAUUCUAAGGAUUCACCACACAUUUUAGAGCUCAUUGACUGGUUUGUCCUUGCUAACUUUCACUCAUAAGUUUAUUUACAAUUUAUCAUUCAAUAACGUUUGAAACAGUUUUAAAUGCUUGUUUAUGUUUUGUGUGUUUUGUGCUUGAUCAUAUUUUGAUUGCUUAUACAUAGUCUUUUGUUGAACUCGAUAUUGUGUACGCAUUUAGUAAGAACAUCGUGUUAACUAAAUCGAUAAUUAUUGUUGAGGCGGAAAAUCUGUUGUUUACAAGGAUUAAACAAACUCUUAGCAACCUUGUGACAGCUGCUACACAAUGCCCAUGCUUAGUUGCAAAGGACGAUUGCCGGAACAAGAUUGCAUUGUGGAGUUUUGUUUAGCAGCAGCAUUCAGUGUUUACUUGAGUAAUCGUUAAUACCGAAUAUAUCGUCUUGCACUGAUGCCGUAAGACUUUGCGUUGACACUACCAUGUUUGGAGGUCGCUUCAACAGAUCGUUGAUGGUCGUCUUGUUUGUUGCUCUCGGUGUUGUUCUGGUCUACCUCUCAAACCUGACUCUGCGAGACAUGCAUCUCCCCUUCUCCACCGGUAACGAUAUGCCACUUAGCUCUUCGGCCGCACACCUACGAAUGCAGUCUGUAAAAGACAGCAGCGUUCGAAUAGCAACACCAUCCUAUAGCAGUCAGAACGAUAUACCAGCUGUUAACGGAGAGAACUUACAACUGGAAGAGUAUCAAGUUACGACACCUUCCUCAACUACAUCAUCUGUGUCUUUAACCUACGUUUUAUUUUCAUAUUAUGGAUCAAUGCAUUCUAGCGAAACAACAUCUAGGGAACCUGCGUACAACUCGGUGUAUGGUGAGGGCAGAAAGGCGGGUGAUAUACAAGAAACGGGGAUAUGUCAGCACUCUGACAUGAAUAAAAUUAAAAAGAAUCCGGAAAUAAACAACAUACAUAUUGGCUCUUUCCCAAGUAAGCAGGAUUCGGGCGAGGAGGCCAAUUUUAUUCUGGCCGACCCGUUCGAACAAUACGAUGAGACGCAACCAGAACUAUCUACCCCCGCUUACCUAGAAACCAUGUCAAUAUCCGUUUCUAAAGCGGACAGCGCCUCUCAGCAAACCACAGACGCCAUUUUACAAAAUGUAACAAGAAAGCCUACAACGGAUGGUCCGCGAUCAACACAGUCAACGAGAUGGUGGAAAGGCAUACAUGUCUUUGACUGGAAACGAGCACCUGUUCCUUCAAGAACAUUCGAAUGCGUUCCGAUGCAGACUUUAACGUCGUACAUCCGGCUUUGUAUUCAUCCGCUCUAUAAGGACCCACUCAUUUCCGGCUACAUUCAAUCGCGAGGGUUCUGGGAGUUUGAGGCAAUACGAGACGUUCAGCUGGCAGUAGUGGGUGAAAAGGGCCGCGGUCUGAUCGAUAUAGGCGCAGGCAUAGGCACGUACAGUUUAGCAGUUGCAAGUCUAAACUACACUGUUGUAGCGGUGGAGCCCCUUUCGACGCAUGUUCAACUGUUUCACCAAUCCGUUCGAAUGAACAAGUUUGAAGAUAAUAUUAAGCUGUUGAAAAAUGCCGUGUUCAACAAGCAAGAAAUUAUUUUUGUUAACUCAAAAGAAAAUGACAUCAAUGAUAUUGAAAUCAAACCUUUUACAGACGAUCAAAACUCAUCGGAGUUUAAAGCUGAUAACAUGCUAAGUACAAUAACAUUGAACGAUUUAAAUUCGGUGUGCACGUUUAAAACAGCUGUUUUAAAGCUAGAUGUGCCUCGCUAUAAUAGACUUGCUUUAGAGAGUUCAGAUAAAUUAUUCGACGCAAUAAACAUAACGCACGUUUUUCACCAUUGGGAGCCGGAAAACAAGCCAUUGUGCACGUUUUACUUGGACUUCUUUCUCUCCAAAGGCUACAAACCAAUGUCAGAAUUAAUUGGCGGGCACUUCUUGAACUUGGCAAAAAAUGACACGUGGGAAGAAAGUGUUAUAAUAUGGACAAAAAUCUAACGCCAUCUAUUUUCCCUUUUGUUUGCCGCAACUAUACAAUUAUUGAUAACGAGCCUGGUAAAAGUGAUUCAUGCCUUGCAACGAAACACUUGUCAGAUUGGUUAAGAUGCGUAUUUAUUAUACGUUUGAUAUGAAAACCGGAUAUGUGGCUUGUAUGAUUACUUAUCAGCCUGACAACAUUGUCGUCACUUUGAUGAAAGCUAAAAAACAUUAUAAAUGACUUUCAAGUGUAUCAUUUUUACGUUCAUGUAUACUUUAUUUUAUUUACAAAUCUUCUGUAUGUAGUUCCGCAUAUAAAAUAGCACAUAUAUACUUUUUAUUGUUGCUGUGUAUGGAAACACCUGGAUCAUAAAAUGAUUGAUGCAUUUAAAAGGUCUGGAUUUGUGGAGAGAUUAAGUGUCCGGCAGUAAUUUCAUACACGUGUUGCACACACUUUUUUGUAAAUCUUACAAAAAUACAGUUGGUUGGAAGUGGCGUCAGUACUUAUUUUUUAAAUGUUGUUCUAAUCUGCGUUUGUAUGAAUUGCAAUUUAUUUAUCUGAAUGAAUA